UAUAAUUUGGUUUGAAUAAUUGAACAAGAAACAAUAAACAAAGAUGGAUUCAUCUUGGAAUUUCCCAAUUCAGAGAUUCAAUUCAACAACAAAAUCAAAGUCACAAAGAAAAAUAAUCGCAAACCCCGAAAUCAUCAACAAAUAUUAUGGAUGGAUUGUGCCCAGUACAGGAGGUAGCCAAAAGCUGCAAUGGAGAAAUCCCAGAAAGAUUUGUUCAAAAAAAUGGAUACCCACAAUCUGAAGUUGACUCUGUUCCAUACAUGGAUGAUUUUUCCAUCGAUUUCUCUCUCCUCUCUUCGUCUUCUUCUUCAUCUCCUGAAGCUGAACAUGAACUGGGCAAGCUGCGAUUAGCUCUUACUCAAUGGGAUUGUUUUCAGGCCAUAAAUCAUGGCAUGACAAGUGAAUUCAUUGACAAAGUGCGUGAAGUUACCAAGAGUUUUUUCGCACUUCCUCUAGAAGAGAAGCAGAGGUACUCCAGAGAUAUCAAUGACUUGGAUGGAUAUGGAAAUGACACAGUUGUUUCGGAGAAGCAGACUCUUGACUGGACUGACCGACUUUAUCUUAAAGUUUACCCUGAAGAUCAGCGUAAGCAGAAAUAUUGGCCUGAGAAUCCGCUUGUAUUUAGGGAGGUUAUACAUGAAUAUACCUUGAAGCUUAGAGCAAUGUUUGAACUUCUCAUGAAGGCUAUGGCUCGUUCCUUGAAUCUGGAGGAAAACUGCUUCCUGAAAGAGCAUGGAGAUCUAGUGAUAAUGGCCUCAAGAUUCAAUUUCUAUCCACUUUGUCCGGCCCCUGAAAGCGUUCUUGGUAUCAAGCCACACGCGGAUGGAACAUCUGUCACAAUGCUUUUGCAAGACAAGGAGGUGGAAGGCCUUCAAGUGCUAAAAGAUGAUCAGUGGUUCAGAGUUUCCAUUGUUCCUGAUGCUUUGUUUAUCAAUGUUGGUGAUCUGUUAGAGAUAAUGAGUAAUGGCAUACUGAAAAGUGCCGUGCAUAGGGUGGUCACAAACUCGGACAGAGAGAGGAUUUCGGUGGCAAUGUUCAGUUUGUCGGACCCUGAUAGGGAGGUUGGGCCAAUAGCUGGACUGGUCACAGAUGAUAGGCCCCAGAUGUACAAGAGAGUGAAACAUUAUGAGAACAUAUUCUUUGAGAAUUACCAGCUUGGGAAGAGACCGCUGCAUGCUGUUAGAAUCCAACACCCGUAGCUGUAUUUGCAUCUUUUCUGGUUGAUCUCCUUAAAGACUAUUAGUGAUCUCUGUAUGUGUUUGCAGAGAACUUUGCUUUCUGAUAAUAUCUAUGCUUGGAGAGAAUUUUGCCUUUUUAUUCUUCCGUUUGGUUAGAAAGGUGCAAAUCCUAUUGUGGGAUUUCUUAAUGACUUUUGUUGUGACUGAGAGUUUGAGAACACUAUGAUCUACUUGAGGAUAACAUUUACAAAUUUGUUGAACUGAAAACAUCUGAAUGGAAAUGUUAUUGUAGGGUUGAUAUUGAUCUAUAUUUCGCUUGA